AGCUACAAGCUUCACAUAUUUCUGCAACAUCAAAAAAAAAAAAAAAUUACGAUUAGAAAAAAAUGUUGCAGGAUAUGUGGAACGCCCCUCCUGGUUUUAGGCCAACCAAGUCGGCUCCUUCUUCCCCGGCCAAGCCCGUCGGAGUUUCCCGAACCCGCUCCGAGUCCUUCCACGUCACGCACAAGGUCCCUGUGGGUGACUCUCCUUAUGUCCGAGCCAAAAACGUACAAUUGGUGGAUAAGGAUCCGGAGAAGUCAAUUCCGCUAUUCUGGGCAGCCAUUAAUGCCGGGGAUAGAGUGGACAGCGCUCUUAAAGACAUGGCUAUUGUGAUGAAGCAACAGAAUCGGGCUGAAGAAGCCAUUGAAGCUAUUAAAUCUUUGAGACGUAGGUGUUCGGAUCAAGCUCAAGAGUCUCUUGACAACAUUCUUUUGGACCUUUACAAGAGAUGUGGGAGAUUGGAUGACCAAACAGCACUUUUGAGGCACAAGCUGUUCUUGAUUCAGCAAGGCCUCGCUUUCAACGGAAAGCGGACCAAGACGGCCAGAUCUCAGGGGAAGAAAUUUCAGGUCUCUGUGGAGCAGGAGGCCACUAGAUUACUUGGGAACUUGGGAUGGGCAUUGAUGCAACAGAACAGCUACAUAGAAGCCGAGGACGCCUACCGGAGGGCGCUGGCGAUUGCACCGGACAACAAUAAGAUGUGCAACCUCGGAAUCUGCUUGAUGAAACAAGGCAGAAUCUCGGAGGCCAAGGAGAAUCUGCGUCGGGUUAAGCCCGCGUUGACCGAUGGCCCGAGAGGCACGGACUCCCAUCUCAAAGCCUACGAAAGAGCGCAGCAAAUGCUAAAGGACCUCGAGUCUGAGAUGAUGAACAAGGGCGGGGAUCGGGUUGAACAAAGCCGCCUAUUCGACGCCUUCCUCGGUUCCUCCUCGAUUUGGCAGCCUCAGCCUUGCAAGGACCAUGCCAAUUUCCCGCCACCACCACAACCAUCAACAAUAACAACAACAGAAUCAUCAAUUAUCAGACCACCAUCAUUCCCACAAGAUGAUUUCCAUGAUGAGAAUACUAAUUCCAACAUAGUAUUACCGAAAAUCGCGAAACAAAUUAGUGCUAGUACUACUAAUUUGAACUCGCUGAAUGUCGCUGCGCAGCCAUUCUACGCCGCGAAAUACAUAAGAGAACCAAUUGCACAGGUACAGGCCCCGAUUUCGAACCAAUUCCCAGAAGGCCUCAAGAGGACAAGGUCGGGAAACGCCGCGUGCUCGAUGAGACUACUAAGCAACGAGGUGGCAGCGAAGCCCGCCGCUGCGGUGGAGCCUCGAAUCCUGUCGGAGAAUAAUAACAACAAGGCUAGAAGAUUGUCUGCAGAGAAGGAGGUGUCACCAUCAUCAGAGUUGUUUUUGUUGCCUGAUAACAAGGACUUUGAGGAGGCAAUUAUUGCAGCUGUUUUGGGCCCCACAAAUGAAGCUGGGAAGAAGAUUGAGAAGAGGCUUAAGGUCUUCCAAGACAUUACACUUUCUUUGAGUCCAAGGGCUUGAGUUAAGGACUCUUAUUUGUUGUUUUUUAUUUAUUUUUUCCCUAAUCUUUAUUAAUAGCUAAUUUAAUUUGAGAAGCUAGUUAAAUUAGUUUCUAGGCCGGAGAUAAACUUGUUCUCCUUUGAUUAUUAUGCUUCCUAUAGAGAGGAUAAUGAUAAAGUAGGAGUAAAAAAGUACGACACAUUUUUAGUAUUAUUUCCAC